AAGCGGACGGAUUUGGCAACAUUUCCAGCAAUAGUACCAUCAGGCUUUGCCGGGCCAUCAGCUAUAUGAAUACCAGCCUCAUUAGGUUGCUGCUGGCUGUCCCAUUACGUCGUGUUCGCUUUGCUGUCAAUGUUGCGCCCUGUCUGCGCCCGGGUUGCAUAUGGUGUUUAUGCGUUUCGCCCAGUUCCAUGUCUCCUUGUUUAUUUAUUCCUUUAUCUUUUUGGUCCGAGGCGACGUGCUACGCAUAUGGGAGGUCCUUCCAGAAAGGAGGGAGAGCAUGGUUCAACGACGUUGCACACAAAGACAAGCCUGGCGGGUCCCUGACAUAUGAGAUCACAUACAGCAUAUAUCGAAGCCAGAAACCGUCAGAGACACUACUUCCGCCGCAGUACCCUUUUCUUAAAGGCAAUGUUUAAAGCUUGGAAAGUGACCAGUGGUCUAUCAAGAGCGCCACGCAGUUGCAGCAGUUUCGCAUUCCGAUGGAAGAGGGGGACGAUAUGUGGUUAUUGUUCCACAGACGGCGAUGGCUGCACAGGUUGGGACGGAAACGCCAGUACAAAGCAGACCCUUUGGGCUCAUAUAGGUUGUCGGACGUCAUCGGUGUUGAGACGUGAAAUGACAUGGAGGGUUGGGUUUAGCACAUCCGGAACCUAGAUCCUAAGCUUCCCCAUCCGGAUAUCCCCAGACUCCCGCUUUGCUCGAGGCAUUCUCUUCUCUCUCCAUCACCAUUCCACAGUGGACGAGACACUUGACACCAAGGCCGCCCAAUUUCGAGCCAUUCGCAAUCUUAAUUGACUCUGAAGACAAGCCUUCCCCCUUGUCGAAUAGCUGGAAAAAUCGCUGCCCAACGCCGACACUUCCAACGGCAAUGUCCAU